AUGGCAGCUAAGUUCGUCGUUAUCGCGAUGUUGGUGGCAGCUGCUCAAGGCAGCGCAAUCCACGGCGGAGACUACUCGAGCUUCUCAUACGGAGUGGCUGACCCACAUACCGGAGACGUCAAGAGCCAGCACGAGACCCGCGUCGGAGACAAUGUCGUCGGCCAGUACUCGCUGCUCGAGUCUGACGGCCAUCGCCGCACUGUUGACUACGCUGCUGGACCUCACUCUGGAUUCAACGCCAUUGUGCGCAGAGACCCUGCUGUGAUCGCACACGCCGCCCCCGCGGUUGUUGCUGCCCACGCCGCACCUUUGGCGUACGCCGCUCACGCUAGCCCCCUCGCUGUUGGAGCUCACAUUGCACCUGGCGCUGUUUCCUACUCAGCUCACAGUAGCUCUGUUGCUCACGGCAGUCCCCUCGCUCACUCUGCAGUUGUAGCUGCUCCUCUUGCUCACGGUGCCAUCGCCUAUGGCGCUCCUGCUCUCGGCUAUGGCGCACACGGUCUCGCCCACGGUGCUCUCGGUCUCGGCUACGGUGCGCAUGGUCUUGCCUACGGUGCCCAUGGUCUCGGUGCCCACGGCUACCUUCAUUAG